CUACUAAGCAGCGAAGUUGAGUGUGAGAGAAAGAGUGUGUGUAUUCAUCUUGUGUGUUGCGAAAAUCACGGAAACUCCGAGAUUUUGCCUCUUUCGAUAAAAGUUACGAUUCAUCCGCAUGCGUACGUUGCUCUUCUUCUACGCUUGAUCUGCGCGCGUGUUCUUUUGCUGUCUAAAAGGUGUAGAAAAGUUGUAUCCUGAAACGCGACACUUUUGGGUAUCAAACAAAUAAACAAAAACCAGGGUAAAGGUGACACUUAGAAAAGACGGCCGGGCAAUAGGUGUUCAAGGCAGAAAGCUUUUUUUCGCACAGAAAGAGCUCUUAGUGUUUGUUAUCUGUGUUUGUACUACCAAUACCGCUACCAUUAUUAUUAGUACCACCUAUUGUUGUUAUUAAUGUUUUAAGUUGCUUGAAACGUGCUCGAGAGAGAAAGAGGUAUACAGAGAGAGAGAGAGAGAGAAAGAGAAAGGAAGCGUAUCGAAAUCAAACGCGUGUGUAAUAAUUUCUAAUGUGCUAUAUUAGCAGCAGAUAAACGCAUGAUAGUAUGAGCAGAGUGUGAGCUGUAGGAGAGAAUAAUUGGAUAAGCGUUUACUACCGUUUUCACCUGGAUGCGAUCAAACGCGACCCAACGGAUUAACUUCGGCUCGUCAAAAUUACCCAUUUCGGCCUGGUGUGCGUGUCUAUAUUCGCGGUUUCGAUCCAAAGCUGAGUCGUUACACGUUACGUUUGUGCAUUGUGUCUGAGUCCUAGGCAUUGAAAAGGGAUCUCGAUUUGGAAGCGACAGUGUGUGUACUCCACGUGUUUAUCUGCAUUGAAUUCACGUGCAUGUUUCGCCUCAACGAAAGACACCUCAUGCUCUAGUGAUCGUUCGUCAACUUGGGUCCUGUGUGUGUGUGUGUACUCGCGUGUUUAUGUGUUUGUGUUCCUACGUGUGCCUGUGCGUUUACUGUAUGUGCUGGCGGACCAGUUUUUAGGCUGCUAAGGAAGAAAUAGCCAACGAAGUAUAUACAGCAUCCAAAACGUUUGAAACGUACUGGGCUACGUGCUUCAAUUUCGCGAUAAUUUAGCAACAACGCAUUGUACAAGAUGGCGUCUAAUUUGGAGCAAUUUUCGGAGCUUGAGCUGUCGAAGGAGGAUCGUGAGCAGAUCUUCGACCCACCGUUGGAUGCGCCCAAAACACAGAAUGGUGCCAGUACAACGGCCAAAAUCGUCAUCAGUGGUAUUCCACAACACGCCAAGUUUGACGAUAUCGAACCGUUGCUGAAGCCAUACGGCAAGGUGGAGCACUGUGAGGCAGGUACUAGCAAAGAUCCUAACACGCAGACCGUCCAUAUCACCUUCGAGAAUCACGAUCAAGCACAGAGGGCGGUUUCGGGACUAAACGGUGUCGAUUUUGACGGUUCGAAGUUGCUCGUAGAGCUAUCGGAGGCGAACAAACAGGCGCGUAGGGCACAGCGUAACCGAUCGCAGUACGGUGCAGGCAUGCCGGGUGGAGGUGGUCCCGGUCGCCAGACCGAUUUUCCGCUGCGUGUGCUGGUGCAGAGCGAGAUGGUGGGGGCGAUCAUUGGCCGGCAGGGUAGUACGAUCCGGCACAUUACCCAGCAGAGUCGGGCGCGCGUUGACGUGCACCGGAAAGACAACGUUGGUUCGGUCGAGAAGGCGAUCACAAUUUACGGUAAUCCGGAAAACUGUACGAUGGCAUGCAAGAAGAUCCUGGAAGUGAUGCAACAGGAAGCCAACAGUACGAACAAGGGUGAAAUUUGCCUCAAGAUCUUGGCACACAACAAUCUGAUCGGUCGCAUAAUCGGCAAGAGUGGGAACACGAUCAAGCGGAUAAUGCAGGACACGGACACAAAGAUCACGGUCAGUUCGAUCAACGACAUUAGCAGCUUCAAUCUGGAGCGUAUCAUUACCGUCAAGGGUACGAUUGAAAAUAUGUCCAAGGGUGAAAGCCAGAUCAGUGCCAAGCUGCGCCAAAGCUACGAGAAUGAUCUGCAGGCACUGGCACCGCAGAGCAUCAUGUUCCCGGGACUGCACCCGAUGGCGAUGAUGUCAACGGCCGGCAAUGGAAUGGGCUUCACCGGACGCACGGGUGGGGCGACGGCAAGCGGUGGUAGCGGUGCCGGCAUGUAUCCGGGCUCGAACUUCCCGAUGUAUCAGCCACCGGCUGGUGGACCGGCAGGAGUGCCACCGGGCUCGAGCGAGGUCCAAGAGACUACCUACCUCUACAUCCCAAACAAUGCGGUCGGUGCAAUCAUCGGCACCAAGGGGCUACACAUCCGAAACAUCAUCCGGUUUUCGGGUGCUUCCGUGAAGAUCGCCCCGCUCGAGGCAGACAAACCUCAGGAACAGCAAACGGAGCGUAAAGUUACCAUUAUCGGCACACCGGAGGCCCAGUGGAAAGCGCAAUACCUGAUCUUCGAGAAGAUGCGCGAGGAGGGCUUCGUGUCCGGUACGGACGAUGUUAGAUUAACGGUGGAAAUUUUUGUACCAAGUGCACAAGUGGGAAGAAUUAUUGGCAAGGGAGGACAAAAUGUACGAGAGCUGCAGCGUGUCACGGGCAGCAUAAUUAAGCUGCCCGAACAUACCGCCAGUGCACCUGUGGACGAAGAAACGACAGUACACAUCAUCGGUCCCUUCUUCAGUGUGCAGUCGGCACAGCGACGUAUUCGUACGAUGAUGCUUGCCACGAAUCCGCCCCCGGUCACCAAGCGACAAUCGUCGCAGAAGUCGAAGGAUCAAACGACGGGAGGGGCAGCCUCACCUGCUGCUGGUGCUACUGCGGCCACCGGCACUACUGCUACCGUCAGCGCCAGUACGACACCUCCCCAGCAACAGUCGUCCAGUACAAAUGCGUAAUCAAAAUGUCGUCCUGCGCCGGUAGACAAAGAUCGGGAGUGAAGGCAGUAGUAACCAGCGACAAAAACAGCAAUAGUAGCACACCACCACAACCACCAUCAACAUCAGUGUGCACUGCGGUCAGCAGAUGCGCCGUACGGGAAAAGAAGAUACACAAGUGAUGGCAUGCGGUGUUGCCCGUAACCGAGCGUACCGUAACGGGUCGCGAAUCCUAAAGGAAGGAGGAUAAAUACAACUCAUAACGCCAAAUACAUCACCAAUAGUAGAACAUGCAAUAGCCCGAGCAAAACGCCAACAGCGGGAACAUCUUUCCUAGUUCGCGUAACAUAUUCAGAGAAAGCGAGAGAGAGAGAGAGAGAAAGCGGUUAGCGUGGGCAACAAGCGUCCUCCAACGCCGUGAUCGAACGUUUCACCUUUUUCCAUAUAUUAGCAUUAGAAAUGUUGUUAUAUUUACUCUAUUACUCUAUUUUGUCUGUUCCUUGUUCAAUACACGCACCCUUUAUGCAAUAGUCAAAGCCGAGGUGACCGCGAUUCCCCAAGGGUAUCACCAUUAGCCUCAUUAAACUGAAGAGAAAUGCUGGGAGUUGUGGAACGUGCAGCCAUGCUGUGUCCAAUGGAAUGUUUGUAGUAGUCUUUGGACACAGGACCAUGCACAAUCCGCUGCUUCCGGCGAUGUCGUUUCUCUUUCAAUCGAUCAACUACAGAAAACCAUAAUCAAAAUAGCCAACCAAUCUAAGUCUUAGAUUCCGCCCAGUAGCAACCGCGUCAACGUCAGCCUAAUAAUUCAGCAAAUUCCACCCUCAGCAAACAGUACAUUGUAACAGAUGCAUAUGAAACAGAGCGCACGGGUUCUGUUCUGUCUGUGGAAGAAUAGCCAAACCAAAAUCAUCCUGCCUCCACAGCACGGUGAAAGAGAGAGAGAGAGAGAGAGAGAGAGAGAGAUAGCGAGAAAAAGAGAGUGAAAGAGUGUAGAUUCCCGAUCGUCUGCAAAAGAAGAAGAAAAAAAAACACACAAGUAAUAUGGAAAUGUUCAACAACAAGCAAAACAUUAUAAAUUGUAUGUAAUAAGUCAUAUGAAGAAAUAGAUUGUAAGAGAAACCAUCCUCCAGAUCCAUAACACGAGAAGAGUUAUGAAGGGAGAAGAAAAGAUGCUGUUAUAUCCUAAAUUUCGCUCGAGUGUGAAGUGAACGCAGAUUGUAAAGAAGCAAACAUCUUUCAACAAAUCCGGCUUUCUCACGGGAUCGAUAAAAUUAUAUAGUCUAAGCAUAUAGAAAGGCAGCAAGAGAAACCCGAUCAACUAAACCGAAAAACACAGCCACACACCGUACGGGGUGCAAAAAGGGUCAGGACAGGUGUGAAACAAUGCAAUGUGGAAAUCAAUCCGUUUGCAAACCGAAGCAUUAAGAAAUGCAAUCACCAUCAGAACAUUCCCACUUUUUCCCGCGCGAAUGUUAAAUCUUUGGCGAGAAAAAGUGAUGCAGUGAAAACGAAACAAAAUUUCUUUUAGCAUAUCGGAUUGUAGCAGACAACACCCCGCGGACAUCGGCGUUAUUGUUGCGGGCAUUAGAUGUGACAAAUGAUUUCUAAACUGCAGUUUGUUUUGCAAGCUAAAACGAAGCGGAAACCAUACCAUCCAAAUCCACUAAAUGUUCCCUAAUGGAGUGUACUACCAUCAUUAACAAAUGGUUCGAAUCGGGAAAGAAAACAAAAAACAGCCAAUACAGUUAAGGUACACUAUGUUUAAGCUUGUUGAAAACGUGCGUGUUUUUUUUUUUUGCUAAUUUAUUCAGUUGAUGAUAGGAACUUGAGUUCAUGCCAACUAUUGAGGAGCGCAGCAGAGUGUUUGUAGUAGGACGUGUUGAAUAGGAUAACGCGAUAGGAACGGGAUGUGGAUUGUAUUGUAUAAGUGUCGAUGGGGAUAGGUUUUUGUCUUGUCUUAAACGAUCGCGCAAUGAGAGAUUUAAAACUUUAGUGUGUAAUGUUUUUUUUUUUUUGUUCAUCUUAGACAGGGAGAUAGAGUCGUUUUUAAGACCGUGUGUAUGUACGAAAGAUGUAAGAGCAGCACUGUUGUGUGCGCGUGUGUAUGCGAUAAACCAAUAUGAUCGAGACGGAUGAAUGCGUGUCAAAUGUAAAAUGGUAUCGUGCAGAGAGAAGCAAAACUAGGAUGCAGUAGUAGUAGUUAUGGUACAAAAGCGACGAAGAGUAUUAACAGGCUAGUGUGCUAGGCCACGCAGCCAGACCGAGAAGAGAGGUACGCUUUUGUUUUUUGUCUAAUGGUCGAGACGAUCGACAGCGGUCCUGGUGUUUUUACAGAGUUUCUGCUGUAGUCAGAACUCUUGGGGUUUGUUUUUUUGCAAGCAGCCGCAAUCAGCCGUGCCACUGCCCCCUCUCCCCGGCCUUGCCCGGGGAAGUGGAAGAAAAAGCAGCAGCAAUAGGAAGGAAGAACAGCUUCUUCCCAGCUGUUGAACUAUCUUUCCAACUGCUUGUCACCUACCCUGGUUAAUAAGGAUGCACUCGAUUGUGUCAGAAAUCAGCAGCCUAAAUGCAGCAAACAAGUAAAGGGACCUGUUGCCGCAGCUGCAUCGAAUAUGCUAAGAGCUGCCCUUUCGAGUAGGUGGUUGACCAAAGACUAUCGGAUAAAACGAUGAUGGUGAGGUGUUGUUUUGCUGAAUACCAAUGAGACAGAUGGGCACAGGUCUGCAUAAAGGGGAAAGCGAACUCGAUUGUUUCUACCUCAAUGGCGGUGCGACAGUGCACCAGUGGUGGACGCGUGUUCUUUAAGGUGUAGAAUUUGCCACGCCAUUUGCAACUGUCAGGCUGUUUGCCAUCAAUGUGGAAAAGGGCACUGUAAUUCUUGUGGUGCCGGGGGUUUUUUUUUCCUUCUUCUGCUGUCACAAAACGAGAAAGCAUCACGGUAGGUGAUGGUUUGCAAUUACGUUGCCAUCAGAAGGACGAACGACACAAGCGCCCUUUCGCGAAUUAAACUGUAGAAUAGGUAGGACGUUGUAUGGCCCUUUUAAGAGAUGAGUAGGAUGAUACACUAGCGCAGGGAUGCAGGGUGAUCCAGCAACAAUCGAGGCCAAUGUGAACGAAGCUGCUAAAAAAAAAACAGCAGACGCGGCAGCAUUGAUUGGUGAGAUUGUUGUGAGCACCAGCAAACUGAAUGUAACGGGCAUGCCUUAUUAACUAUUUAUUACGAGAAAACAAAAAAUCGUGGACGUUAGCGAGAGUUAGGGAAGAUGUGUAUGUGUGUGAGUGUGAGCGCGUCGGAUAGGGAAACGCGACGAUGAAAUUGCGGCUGUAUGUGAAUCAUCCGCUUUAUAGCCUACGAGCUACCCGAUCCCAUCCGCUUAUGGGUAGUGUAGUGUUAGGGUACGCCCGCGAACACUACUGUAAAACUGUCAUAUCAGUACGCCAGGACGUCUAUAGGAGCGAACAGAAUGUAGUAACACGUUGGAACGACAGGAGAAACCCAAUACCUCACGAUAAAGUGCAUUAUGUGGUGGACAGGCGCGCGCAAAAAUGCGCAAACAUGCAGUAACAACCGCUUCCCCUUUCUUCCCCUUUUUCGUUGAUGUAUCAAGAUAAUUGAAUCGGCGACGAGUGCACUACUACCUACAGAGUCCAUCCUUGGAUUUGAUGGUGUCGCUGUCCCAAGUACCAAAAACCCGGGGGUGGCCAAAAUAAUGUGGUUAGCGCGGUUAGAAAGACGAUACAAGGAAUGCAACGAAUUUGACCUCUUACCUCAAGCGAACAGUGCGCACAUAUUGCCACACGGUCUGCGAUCGUAUGUCGGUAGGAUCGCUACACCCUUUCCAUACGAUCAGGCGAUCGGUGCAUUCUUUUUAAGAAAUGUAAAAAAACUACAUAACUAUGUGCUAAUGUUAAAGAAUGUUACAGCAGCAAAGACUUGUGUUAGAAGGUACUGUACGCAUAGCCAGUGCGUGUGUGUGUGUGCGUCAAUGUUUUCGCAUACCGUGCUGCGUGAGGCCGGUACUGCGCCAUCUUGUUUGCUUAACUUAUUGUUGAUACGUAAGUGUACGUAAGUGCGUACGGAAUAGAACGUAAACUUGUUGAAACUGUUGUCCCCCCUUUUUAUUCCCUGUAGCCUUAUUCAUGCUGUUGAUUUCACCAUUUUGUGUACUAGUAAACUGUUUAUUUCUUGCUCUAAUACUCGCCCUUUCUAUCUUUCUCUCUCUCUCUCUUUCCUGUCGGUGAAAGUUUGUUUGGUUGCUAACUGUUCAUGUUCAAACGGUGUAAACCAUUUUAACAGAUGCAAAUAUGCAACAAAUCAUAUUAACUAUGUGUAACUAGUACUAGUACAUGGAAAGAGAAAAAGAAAGAGAGAAAAAUUGAGGAGAGUUUAUAUGAGUAGGGGACGUAUAAUCAAAAUAGUUUUGUUUCCCAUUUGUAGCUCUGAUGUUUUGUUUUUUUUUUAUGUCAUACAUAGUGUUUCUAAUUAUAUUUACACCUCAACACAAAGCCAACAGCACUGUUAGAUUACAAAGGAUUCUUCCACACUAUUGUAUACCGUUUUGCAGACAUUAAUGCACUAUCAAUACCACACUGUAUAAUAACGAACUAGGUUUUACGUCAAGGCAAUAGAAUAAACGAGUUGCGUUUCCUUCAAAAACACAAACAAACUGGCAACAAAUAGGAUACUAAUGAUAAUGUUUGCCGCAGCUGAUAUGCUUUCAGCUCGUUACGGCGUAUUUUGUUUAACAUAAGUCUUUACAUUAUUAGAUUGUUUUCCGGAUCUUUGCUCGUUAUUUGAACGAGAGAGUUUAGGAACACAUGUUCGUAACUUUCGUUUGGGUUCUUUUUAGCGAUAGAAAAAUUGAAAUCGGUUCGAUUGCGCACAUGAACGUAUUCCCUAACAUCAUGUGAGGAAUACAAAUGCAGUGGGCUUCAUUUAUGGAAACACACACACACAAAAUGGCAAAACUACUUUUGGCUACUAUCGGCAAGUCACAAAAAUUGGAUUUUGGAUAUAGACAGUGGCAUAAUUUUUAACGGCGCAGGGCUUAGUAAAACAAAAAAAAACAUCUCCAUUUUUGAUAAACAUUACACACGCAUACUACUUCUCUAGGCGCAGGAAUUCUAAAAAUAAAACGAAACAACCAUGCAAAGAAGCUCACGUGGAAAAAUCAUGUAAAAGCGUGUGUCGCUUAUUUUAUAAGUAAAGUUGUAAUCCCUGCCCUCGAUUGGGAUGGAAACAAACUAAUACUACUAAUAUUGCCUGUACAUGAUGGUAACAAAACCACGUAGAAAGGAGAUACAGCUACAUGGUGUUCGUACUAUAGCACUCAACACUCACAUCGGUUGGCCCCAAACAAUUCCAAAUCAACUGAAAUAAAACAUUAAAAAAAGAAAUCACGAAUCAAAGCAGAGAGCGAACGAAAAAGGUAAAAGAGUGAAAGAUAAAUGAAUAAAAGCAAAUACGACAAGCAAAACACACAACUAAACAUGUAAAAAAUGUAUCGCGAACGAGAGAACAACAUACACACAAAAUACUAUUAGCUUAACCGAAGUUAUGUGGUUUGUGUGAUGCAGCGGUUUACCACAGCAAAAAGUAAAUGGUAGAACAAAAGAGUUUCGUGUAAAAUGAAGAAGAAAAACAAACCGUAGAAGAGAAAAGAAAGAUUUGAAAAAACAGAUGCAUUUGAAGAUGGCGACAUUAAAACAUUAAGGUACUGUUGGACUGAGCAAGCGGUGAGAAAAGAAAACCAAAAGAGUGAAACAAACUAAAAGCUGCAACGUGUGACGUUUGUUGGUUUUGUAUGUUUGUUUGUUUGUUUUUUUUUAAUACUAUUUAUAAUUGAAACACGUGCGCAAAACGUGUGCGCACACACUUAAAAUGGAUGAAAGAUUACGUAACAAAAGAACGAAGAAGAAGAAAAAAACUAGGCGGUAUGUAAUGUGGUGCAUGUGAAAAGUGCUUUCGGGACGAGUAUCAAAGUAAGCGAUGAAAUUGUACUGGAAUCGUUUGUAAACGGAUUGAACGCAUACAAACGGUAUGGAACGUAAACAAACGUAGCAGCCCAAGAUUAAAAAAAAGGCGAGGAUAAACAAGUAACACAAGAGAGACAAAGUGACUAAAAUCAAUUGUUAGAUUUUUUUAUUAUAUAUAUUAUAUUGAAAAUAUAUUAUAUAUAUAUACACGUGUAUAUUUGUGCGAAAGGAAAACAAGAAACAAAAAAUUGUAUGAAAAAAAAAGCACGGCGAAGAAAAAUGGAGGCGCCCGUUCCUUUGUAGCGUGGACACAAAACAAACUAAAAAAACAAAACAAAACAAAACGUUUGAAAUCGUUAUAAACCGAGAAACAAAAGUGAGAGUGCGUGUGAACGAGUGUGAGAAGUGAGGCGAGAUUCGAUUAUGUAUUGAUUCCGAGUCGGAAGCGCGAAGGAAAUUUGCGUGAAGAAAAAUGAAAACGCCAGAACCAGAAGAAAACAAAAUGGUACGCAGUAGUGUGUUGUUUUUUCGCUUCCCAUCGCCCGGUGGUGUUGAUGAGAGUUGAACAGUGAUUGCGGUGAACGUAAACAAAAAAACAAACAAACAAAAUAUGCGGGAAAUUGUGAAGCAGAUGAUAUUUAGCUAACAACUUUACUAUUUAUUACAAAAUACUAGAGGCUAUAAUAUCGUUGAAUAUUUGUAAUGCAAAGACAGGUCCUACACACACACGUACACACACGUUUGGACGUAACGGAUGUGUGAACUGGGACAAGCAAGGUGUAUAUUUGCAUUAGUGCGUGUGUUCACUGCGUGCGAGAAGAGUGCGUAAGUGCGUUUAGUUGUGUGGAAACAGUGCAAAGGCCCUUGGUACAAGAGAAGACUCGAAUCACCGCGCAUCCCAAUAUUUUUUUUUUCAAAAACUAAACAAAGCAACCUCACAUUCUACGUUCCCCUUUUUGCUUGAAAUAGUUGCAUGGACAUCCCAACGCUACUCAAAACUAGAAGUUAAACAAGAAAAAAACGAACGCAGUUCCUGUUCCUGUUGUUGGAUAGACAAAUCGUGCUAAACAACUCCGCGAUCCGCGUCGUCAACGUUGGUGAUGUAAGCAUUAUUUUAACACCUUAACACUUAAUCGUACAGAAGAAGACAGUGUGCCACUUUUUAGAGACGAGAAGCCAGAUGUCCGCAUGUGAAGAGGGCUCCUUCCAAAGAAUGACUUUUAUGCGUUAACGCGUACGGUGGUGCUGCGUUAUAUUAAUGCUUCCUUCCGGUGUCGCGUACGUUACGGAUGUCCUUUUCCUCUCCCCGGUGCACGUCAAAAAACCGUCUUUCCCGGGGGUGAGCGCAAAACGAACAACAAGCUAAAGUUCGGUUGCUUCGCUUAGUUAAGAGCGUAUGUGUAAGAUUAAGGGCUUAUUUUAGAUAGAACGAGCGAGAGGGAGAGAGAGAGAAGGAGCGAGAGAGAAGGAGGAUUUCGAAAGAUCAGAAGUCAGUGAGGUGUUUAGUAUUUCCAAGUGUUGUGAUAUGACGAAGCAUUAGCGUUUCAGGGAAGAGUGUUUUGUUGUUUUGUUGGGUUAAAUUUAAUGUUUAACAGAAAGUUUAUCUGCAAUUAUUUCUCGCUUAUUUUUUCCUGCGGGAGUGCUUUAACGUCUUCCCAGCGGGGAAACAUUCUGGCCAGUUUUUUUGGAUCAGUAAGAUCUGAGUUAUGAUCUUAAUAAGUGAGAUAAUUCAAACGUAUGUUUUUUUUUUUAUUUUCAAAAAAUAACCUAACACAUGCCCAUGAAAUGAUGUAGCCCACACGCAACCACAUCCAACCUUCAAUUGGAACGAAGAACAGAAACGCUUCAAAUGAACAUUUUGAUUUUUGAUGCAUUCGAACCGAUAGCUCGGUAUCAUUCCGAUAUGAAAAUCCUUUUUGUGUAUUUUUCCUAAUGAAUGCGCAGAUUGUCAAAUAAUUGAGCCUUGUCACCUACAUGAUCCGGAGAUGAAUAAAUCCCCCUUGGAAAAAUAACUCAUCACGCACAAGUCACACACACACACAGACAUAAAACCACACACGUACAUUUAUGAACACUAAAACCAUGAAAAGUGUUGUUAAUUUUUUGCUUUACUUUAUGGCUCCGCGUCAAAACGAAUCAAACGAAUCAACUUCGACCAUCUGAAUCUGAAUACCUCAACAACAACAACAACAACAACAACAAAAGGAAGGCAAAUCCAUCCGCAACCAAUCUGGUGUGAAAAACGAAAAAGUAGAAAGAGUUCACGAAACUACGCUAAAUUAGCAGAAAGCACACAAGUCACUCUUGUCUUGAGCAAGUCGAACAGCAGAACUUAUGUUGAACGAAAACCGUCUAGAGCCAGCAACUCUCACAGCACACAAGAAAAAUAGAGCGAAUUCUGAUCCGGCACAAGACAGAACUUGAUCUCGAAUAUGCAAAUGAAAAGUAAAGUAUGAAAAAAAAACAUCAACAUAAAACAAAGAGAAAAAAGAAAGAGAGAUAAAGAGAGAGAGAGAGAGAGAGAGAGAGAGAGAGAGAGAAACAAAAAUGUCCUCGAAACAAAAACAACCAAACAGGUGAUUAAACAUCACCCGGACAAGCAUGUAUCACUGCCAAAACCAUAAGAAGAGACAAAUGAUUAUAGAAAGUGGAAGAAAGAAAAAUUCGAAACGAAAACAUAAAACAUAAAAGUGCAAACAAAAACGAAAAGCUAACACACACACACAGUACACAACUACUGGAACCGUCAAAAUAGAAGAAGAUGCGAAAUGGAAUAAAACACAUAAGCGGCAAAAAAAGGCAGCAAAAGCAACAAGUAAACACAAUGAAAUAUUAUAACCACAACCCCUGAGACAAGGUGAUCGGAUAGGUGAAUGGAGAAACACUAAUCUUAAUUGGCAAUUAUGACUAAGGCUAUGAGUUUGUGUAACUGCAACAAUCGUAUGAUUAUUCUCAUCCCAACAUUUGCAGCGAUUUACUGAAAGCAUAAUAGCAAAAACUAAUAAGAAAGGAAAAGAGAGAAGAAGAAAAACGAAACCGUAAUUUUUAUCUAUUAAAAAAAAAUGGUGUUAGUUGGUAAAUGGAAACAAUCAUGAAAUUUCUGCAAAGCUGAGUGUGUUACAGUUAUACUAACCGAGAAAAAAGCUAUCAAAAAGCAACAAAAAAAAUCAAACAAACGUACACAAAAGUAAUCCAUUUGUUUAGAAAUCUUUCGAACGUUCUAUUAUAAUCUGCUGAUACAUUUAAAUUGAAGUACCAUUAUAAAAAAACCCCCCAAAAAAAAAAAAAAACAAAUGCAAGCGACAGAAAAACAUGAAUAGACAAAAAAAUGGAUCAUCUUCUGCACUGCAAACGUGUUCUAUGCAUAAACUGGAAAAUUAGUUUUUUCCCCCAAACGCGAGCACAGACGAUUGGUAGUUUGUAAUGCUUUUAUCAUUUAAUAUAAUUGUAUAACCGUUCAAGAUACAUUUAAAAUAGCACUUAACACUUCUAGGCUAACCCCAUCCAACACACCCACAAACAAACCCUAAUCGGCGUAGUAAAUGUAGCGGCUCAGUACGCACUUUGGAUGCAAAAUAAGGUGGAAGCAAAAAUAUAUAUAAAUAACAUAAUACACUCUCUCACUAAGAAGUAGAUGAUCACCUUGUCCCAGCAGCAGCAGUGGAUUAGUGAAGAAGACAAAACAAAAUGAUAAAAAAACAUGAAAAAAAACAUGGAAAUUGUAAUAGUAAACAGAAGCGAAACAGCGUAUGGAAACUAUAUGUGAACAAAACUGCAACACUCGUUUACCUCAUGUUUUGUUUUUGAAGAUAGAAAUAUAGAAGAAGAAGAAAAAAAUGCUACACUGUAAGUCAUAAAAAGAAAAAGUAAAAACGGAAACAAACAAAAACGAACACAAACAAUAUAUACCCAUUUUCGUAAAGAAGCUAUGAAAAAUGAAGAAACACAGCCAGAAUGUGCAAAAGUAUCAUAUGAAACAUAACUAUUUAGGCAUGUAAAAGAAAAUACCUACCCGUAAAAUAUACAACCGUACAACAAAUAAGCAAAUGGAAACGACAAAAAACACACACACACAAAAGGAUAAAAUUUCACAAUAAGAAAGAUGAAUACACACAAAAACACAAACAAUGCAAAAUUGAAUAUAAAUCGAUGUUUAAAAAAAUGGUCGCAAAUUACGGCAACAACAAAAAAAUGAAAGCUCAUAUGUGUACACACCUCUCCCCACUUUACUGUAAAAUUACCAGAUUUACAGAACAAAAAAAACAUUGUUGUGAAUGAU